AUGGGCUAUCCUUACGUUCCACUGGAUGCCAACAACACGCAGAUAAGGACGUUGACCAUCGAGCCGAGCGAAACCCAUGACUCCAAGAUCCACUGUUCAAUCAAUACCGUCAGUCUCUCAUCUGACAUUGCCGAAUAUGAAGCCCUUUCCUAUGUCUGGGGUGCUUCCAAAGGAACCGUCCCUGUGACCAUCGACGGCCAUCAGUCUCAAGUCACGCGAAAUCUGCGCACUGCACUGCGGUAUCUUAGAAAACCCCGCGAGCCUCGCACGCUCUGGGUCGAUGCCGUGUGCAUCAAUCAAAACGAUGUACAGGAGAGGAAUGUUCAGGUGCGACGGAUGGGUCAGAUCUACUCUCAAGCAUCAGGUGUACUCAUCUGGCUCGGAGACGGAGAUGCAGAUGUCGAGCGUACCAUGGCCAAACUGCAGGCACCGGAUGCCUUGGAAGACAAACGGUACGACAACUUUCCUCAAGACAUAGCGCACGGCAUUAAGAAGCUGCUGCACAAACCCUGGUGGCAUCGUGUCUGGACUAUCCAAGAGCUGAUCUUGUCCACCGCGGAUCCAUUGGUAGGCUGUGGCCACACUUGGCUCGAAUGGGAGAAGUUGUACAAGGCCAUUCUCGAUUACACGACCACCAUGAUGGAUGGCAAGGAGGGCAUGAUCAUGGAUGAAAAUUCCUCUUGGGUCACUACGUCUCACGAUCUCAACAGACACAUUCUUCUGAGAACGCAGUGGAAAGAGCGUGAACACCUUGACCGACGUCGAGCAACCGCAUCGGAAAUCGUCGAACGGACACGAGGGUACCAGUGUACCGACAAGCGCGACCAAAUCUAUGGAGUUCGAGAUCUCAUCUGUGACGAGGAAAAGGCCUUCUUCUCGCACCCUGAUUACGAGAAGUCCGUGUCCGAAGUGUAUCAACAAGCAAUGGUGGCCAUGUUCACAAGCAAGAAGAAUCUGACAUUCCUCAUUCACGCCGUUCAAAGCGGCGAAGAUCGUGAUCAAAAGCUGCCCUCCUGGUGUGCCGAUUUCUCGCAGAGGAUCUGGGAUUCGGGCACAUACGGGAACAUAAAUGGCUUCCCGGUGGACGGCAAUGAGGAUGAAGAAGCCCACAGACAAACAGAUCUCUUCUUCUCGCACGAUCCUGGUGCGAGAUCUUUGAAAGUCCGAGCAUCUUUUCUAGGCAAUAUCAUCGCAGCAAGACCUCUAAUCCCGCAGGUUGCAUGGAACCAACACGGCGUUGUAGCAGCAAUGACUUGUCCAGACGAGAUCGCCCUUCUGCCGCGGGAGGAGGCAGGAAAGCUGUGGGUGUUCACGAACUUCGUCAAAGAGGUCCUUCGGAUGAGUGCGAUAGCGUUCAAGGUGUGGCAGAAUCGAUUUGGUUCCGAGAAAGCAAAGCAAAAGCUGGCGGACGGGGAAGUGUGGAAAAUCGCUUUUGGCGGUCACUUGCUGUUCACCAUUGUCGACGCUGCCUGUGCUAGAGCCGGUGUCGAACAAGUGACUGGAGAUGAUCGUCCGUACGAAUACUGGAACGUCGAGUCGUUCAUCCGGGAGAGCUGCCCCUGGUACGCGAAGACUCUUCAAGACAUGGGCCUAUACCAACCCGGCCACGACUGGCCCCGAAGCGAAGUACUCAAACGAGCACUGUGGGAGACUCUACUUGUCGUGGUGCAGAUGAACUAUGACAGUUGGUGGUCUGCUACGGACUCUGGAUAUAUCACGAGAGCAAGUCGCCGAGUCAGAGAAAACGAUGUUCUCUGUGAGAUCUCUGGAUGCAGAAAGCCCAUGCUUCUACGACCACGGGAUGACGGCGCAUUUGAGCUCGUAUGUCUGGCUGAGUCGGAAGAAUCCCAUCAGGAUCACUACCGUACACACCUUGAGGAGACCGCUGCAACGGAGAUCAUCCUGAAGUGA